CGUAGUACACUAGAAUUAGAAGACAAGAGGCAACAUGAAUAUUGCAGGCACGAAAGAGAAGAUUGGAGCGGCUGUGGUAGUGCUGAGCGUCUUUGUAUUGUAUCUGUGGCGCCGUGACGAUCAGUCGUUGAUCAAAAAGAACGUCAUUGAAGGUUUGCUGCGUGCUGAAAAGAAUGUCUCUGUUCGAAGGCUACCGCGCGUGGCCGUCGGAUUUGGAUCGUGUUUGGACGGAAUGGUGGACGGUUUACGAGUUCUAAGAAUGCUGGGGCUGAAACCACCUCGCACUGGUCAACAUCAUGCAGUAGUUGGGUCAGAAGCAGAGUUUGCUGAAUUGUUUGCUUAUUUCUUUGAUCAGGGAGCUGCAGCAGAGCGUUACACCAACAACAAGGCUUUCUUUAAUCGUCUAACUUAUGCAUCACAAUGUCUUCCGUCUACAAGAUGGAGUAUUGGUGGCAAUGCAGCCGUAAUGGCAAAUCGGUUUGCUAUGGAAGGUUGUAAAGUGCUGUUGGGUACAAGAGCAACCAAGAGAAGCACAGUGAGAAUCCACCCAUCAGUUGUUAUAGCUGGCAACAAAAACAUCAACAAGGAUGACAUUCACUUGUGUUUGGAGUACAAGACUGCUGCAAGAUGGGGCAAGUACAAAGCACGUAGAGCUAACCGCCUUAUCAUCCACUGUGAUGAAAGUAAUCCUCUCUUGUCAUCACUUGAAGAUUUUGCAAACGAUCUCAUCACCUUUUCUCCAUCACUUAUUGUUAUUGGUGGCCUACAAAUGAUGGAUGGCUUUCCUUUCAAGGAAGGUGAGAGAACUCGGUUGCUUUUGAAACUCCGAGAUCUCUUGAAGCAACAACCUUCAGAUAUAUUGAUCCACUUUGAGAUGGCCUCGUUUGCAGACGAAACGUUGUUGAAGGAGUUGGUGCAGUACAUUCUUCCGUAUGUUGACUCUGUUGGAAUGAACGAACAAGAGCUUCCAAAUCUGCAGAGUAUUUUAAAAUAUGGAUAUGUGACAUUUAUUGCAGAAGCUAUUCCACGUGUGGCCAGUGCUUUGGACUCAAUGCGAAACGUUUAUAGUCUCUUACAGACAAUGCCCUUUUCACCAGAUGUCCAACAUGGAAGACGAAUAUCUCGACUGCAUGUGCAUACGCUUGCUUUCCAAGCUAUUUUGACUAAACGAGGGUCACCAUGGAAAAACACUAUGUCUGCUGCUGCUAAAGCUUCCCUGACGGGCAAUCGUCAUGUUUGUAAUUCACAUGAAGUUGAAACAGACAAGUCACAGCUUAUACUGGAUUCAUCAUUUUCUCUCAGUCUGGAACCUGGCAGUGCUCGUGUCUAUAUGAAAGAGCAUCAGCCUGUUUCUUGCUGGUAUGAAGAAGAUAGGAAGUUCUGCAUUGCUCCAAUGUUGAUGUGCACCGAAGCCCAUAAGACAGCUGGUGGUGGAGAUAACAUUUCAUCUGCAGCUUUAUCUAUUCAGGUUCCGGAACGUGACUAAUAACUAAUGGGAUCUUUUCUAGAUAUAGAUUGAAAAUGAUAUAAAUUUGCAAUACGGUAGAUAGAACUUGUAAUUGCAAUGUUCCUUGAUUAUUACAGUGAAAUUAUAUUUCAGUCAUAUCA